UUAUUAUUUUAUAUUGGUAUUUAAUACUUUUCUGUCUUUAUUAUAUAAAAUAUAUGACCGUAUAAACUUUUACUUUACUAGUUUUCAGUUUUUCCUAGCUGUCUGUUACGUCAUUAUUCUUUUCGUCGAGUCGUGUAUUAAGUAAUUUGGGAAAACCCUCGUUUAAAAUGAAAUUUAGUCAUUAGAUUGCGCGGCGGUUUGAAUUAAAAGGCAGAGAAUUCGACCUUGUAACGACAAGUUAUGUCGCACACAUGAUCGUUUAUACACAGAGGAAAAGUUGUGUAAAUACGAGUUUGAUAUGUGUUAAUCACGUAAAUUAUGUUUUAUGUGCUUUUUAUGUCUGUUGUCUUCCAGUUUCGAAAACUACUGACGAGGAAUAUACAUACAUAUUAAAUGACAACAUAAACGCGCACACACACACCUACAUAUUCACGCUUUAUUUUAAUAUGCAAUCGUUCAAACGAAUAAAACAUUUCAUUGAAAAUAAUUCAUCGAGGACAUUCGCAAAUAUUUUUUUAAUUUAAUUGCAAAGAAACUCGAAGUUUUCUGUGUAGUUUAGGUGUAAUUACUUUACCGUUAUUGUGCCGUAAGCAGGGACUACUUUAUAUUUAAUAUGUCGAAAUUGGCUAUUGCAAAGAAUAUUGGAGUUUUGUUUUUUUUCUUUUUUUACGAGGGAUCAGUAAUAACAUCGGCAGUGCCUUUGACGGCGGUUGAGAAAUUCAAAGUUUGUGUCGUAGAUGGGCGAGGAAGUUUCAAGAAGGCAUCUAAAUAUUGUCCCUUACUGGAUCAGAAUGCGAACAGUAAGGUGGAAUGUGUAAUUGGAUUAGAUCGCUUAGAUUGUUUACGAAAAAUAUCCAAAGGACAUGCAGACUGGUCUAUAUUUACUCCCGAAGACUUGGUUACCGCACAAAAUUCAGGUGUGGAAAUGCUGAUCACAAACGAAAUGAGAUUUACAGACGAUAAUUUCGAAUACGAAGUUGUUGCUGUGAUUAACAACGAUGCCGGUAUCUCAAGCAAACACGAUCUUAAGGACAAGAAAUUGUGCCAUCCAGGAUACGGCUACGAAACCGAUUGGACGACAAUUUUAGCUAAUUAUUUGGAAAGUAACGUGGUUCCUCAAAAGUGCAUUCCUUCUCUAACAGUGAUGGAAAAUAAAAUCAAGACUUCUUCAGAUUUUUUCUACGCGGCCUGUAAGGCAGGCCCCUGGGUAAACGACCCCAUUACUGAUAGACAAUUAAAAAAGAAAUAUAACAAUCUUUGCGCGUUGUGUGGCGAUCGAACCGAGUGUUCGAUAAACGACAAGUAUUGGGGCCGUCGCGGACCCCUUUUCUGUUUAACAGACGGCUUCGGUGACGUCGCCUGGGCGCGCUUGGACGAUGUUCGAGUUCAUUUUAAUUUUACCAACAACGAAAUCGACAAGUACAGUUACCUUUGCCUCGAUGGGACCGUAUUGCCUCUUAACACUUCACUCCCGUGCACGUGGGUGGUAAAACCCUGGCCCGUUGUCGCAACAAGAAGAACGAUGGCGCAAGAGAUCCAACAGCUGGUGUCGUCAUUAACACAUGAAACAGCUUCUUCGUGGCACUCCACGCUCCUCGACUUGAUUGAAUCGUACCACAUAAAAAUCGUUGAUGUAAGUCCUAUCGAAGCUGUCGAAAGUUAUUUAGACAGAGCCCCCGGAUACCUGAGCGCUAACAGUUUUUCAGGUUGUCACCCUCCGAGACUGAUUCGUGUGUGCACGACGUCGAACAUAGAAAAUGCCAAGUGCGGUUGGUUGCGGGAGGCCGCGGCCGUUUACGGAAUAGAACCAGGUAUUGACUGUUUAAAAGCCGAUAACAAAACACAUUGCAUGUCGGCUGUGCAAAACGACAGAGUGGACGUAGUAAUUAUUUCUCCUGAUGAAGCGCACCAAGCUAAAAAAAUUUAUGAUCUCAAACCGUUAUUUUACGAAACAGUUUCGUCAAAGAAGGAUAAAUAUUUGACGGUAGCCAUAACGAGAAUAUCAAAUCGAUUUGUGCAAUUCUCGGACCUUAAAAGAACAAAAAGCUGUUUUCCUACUUAUGAUGGGAUCGCGUUUAAUACGGUGGCAUAUAAACUAAGAAACUAUACUAGUUGGAGCGAGUGCAAAACAGAUUUAGAACUAUUAUCGGAUUUUUUCCAAAACUCCUGUAUUCCGUCGCCCACACUCGACCAGUCGAAGCGCAAUGGAGGCUGUAAAAAAGAGUUCCUUGAUGGUGGUGACUUUGGAGCACUACGCUGUUUAAUCAGCGGAUAUGGGGAUGUGGCGUUCGUUUCUAAAAAUUCUUUUGAAAACUUUUUCAGCGAUGUUAAAGAAUCGAAAAAUAAUAAAGUACAAAAGUCAGAUUUUCAAGUGUUGUGUGACGAAAGCGAAUAUGGAAAGAGCCAAAUGAGCUACUAUUAUGAACAGCACGAGGAUUGGUGCCACAUGAGCUGGGCAACGGUGGGUCAGGCCAUGGUACGAAAUAACAGUUCGGAUAUAUGGAUUAAAGACACUUUGGAUGCUUUUCUGCAGAUGGAUAAUUUGUUCGGUAAAAAUUAUCGUUCGUUUACAAACACUAUGACCAUGUUCGGGCUAUUCGACGGAAUUUCCGAUGUGCUUUUUCACGAUACCACGUCCUCUUUACAGCAGGGACCCGUUUCUAAGAACACCGAUACGAUGCCACGUUCGUAUUCCGAUUUAUUAAUUAAAAAAUAUAUAAAUAGUAAUAAUUUGCGCUGUCAGUAUUCGUCAUCCAAUGCGUUAAAUAUUGGUUAUUGUCACAUGUUACUACUUAUUUUUGUUUUAGGAUUUAAAGUUACCUCAUUUUUUUAUGUGUAAUUUGAUAAAAUAUAA